AUGUGUCAUUUGCGUGUGGAUGUAUGCGAAUGCCAUGACAAUGAGGACGUCAAGUAUGCUCAGCAACUGAUGAGUAGACUUCGCAUCUUCUGCUUGGGACAUUUUCAGCUUUCAUAUUUUUGAGAUCGUUCAAAACUCCGCUGGACUAGAUAAAAUCAAUAAAAGUCGAUUUAACGACAGCUUGAGCUCCGAAACAUGCCCCGCAAAAACGCUUUUUAUAUCCUUUUCGGAGGAAAUCCUCUAAAUUGUAAACAUAAAUUAAUCGAAACUGAACGAAAUGUCAAAUGUGAUAACGUCUCUUCGAUUCAUUCACCAUGAGCUUCUAAACACGCCCUAGAGUCACGCGCCGACGCUCAACUUCCCAAUCGGCCAACUGUUAAAGUAUUCUGUCUUGAUUUUCGAGUAAAGUUGAUAAAUCUUCUACAGGCCGCUCCAGGUAUAUAUCUUCUGGCAAUUUUACCUUUUUUUUCCGGGUACCUGUCAUCUCGUUGGGGUUGACUUAUUCCCGCGUAUUUUUAUUCUUUUGCCCGUCACAUGUUGAUCACUUGUACUUUUUCUAUACUACCUAAUGUUUUUUUUUAUGGCUGUGAAUAAAAUAUUAUUAUUACCGUCUGAGAGCCUUCUUGAGCUCUUGAAACAAUAAAAUACAAACCCUCCCAUUAAUCCCUCGAAGAGUCAACACCUCUUCCACCACAACAAAAAGGUCGUGCUCACCCGUCAGCUCAUUACUGAUAGAUGAGCCCCAACACGGCUAAUCCCCGUCAUAUAAAUAUAUUGGACGUGUCGGCGCCGUUUUUGGGAGGCUGAGGAUAAUGCGCUGAUUUACGUUCGACAAGCAAACGCAGGUGGCACCAGCCAGCAAGGCAGCAUCGAGUUGCGUGCCGUCGACCGGCAAACAACACAAAACAUGUGCCCAUCGUCCAUGUCAAGUACCUUUUCCAAGCUGUUUGGCAUGUAUCUGGCUCGUUUGUUUCAGUUAAUUUGAUGCUUCUGUUUCAAUUGUGAAGCAACUAGUAACAUUAGAAAUUUUGAAUCCCACCUUGGUAACGCGAACUGGACGUAUCGGAACAUUUAUAGUGACCACUUUAGUACCUUCAGGAACUUCUAGAACUUCUCAGAAACGUCCGGAGCAUGCCCGGUUUUUGCUACGGAGGCCCAUAUACUGAACUUCGAGAUAAACGGCAAGCCAAUCACUUCAAAAAGACUUCACUUUCCUCCAAGUUAUUGAUCCAGUGAAAGGAAAUCAUUAUCCACGCCAUAACAAACAGCCAUAAGCUAUGUGAUCGUUUCUAUGUAUUAGGAUAUAAUAAAUAUUUUACUUCAACAACUACGUUGUCUAGCAAAAUAUAACCUUAUUGAUCUAGUAAAAGGAAAUCAUUAUCCACGCCAAUUAUCCAACACGACUUGCUCCCUCGAAGUGUUCAACACCAAUUGGAGUGUUUUGGCAAGCUGAUGAUGAGGGAGAUGAUGGAGCUGGAGGAACGGCGGCCGCUUUGAUGAGGCCGCCAAGAUCCCCCUAAUCACAAACGGCUCGGAGAACGUCGGGAAAGAGGCGCCUCAUUUGUCUCAUCCGAGAACGGCAAUCAACUAA